AUGAGGUGUCCCCAGGACGAGCCCUUCCCACCGUCGACGCCGGAAAAGGAGAACAACAUCCGGCGCGCGACGGAGGAAGAGGGGUCACAGCCUCGACUCUGGCAGGCGAUAAGUGCUCCCGCGCCCUCCGUCGCAUCAGUGGCUACGCGAGCCACGACGAACACGCUCGAGGAUGGACUGGCACGCAGCCCAUGUGGCUCCUCACCGCCACCGAUCAUCGCAGACAUUACCCAGUUCGAACUGCAUCCGCACGAAAGUUUGGUGUCCUUGGCGAGCUCGCAUUCCAUCGUGACUGCCUCGAACCACUCCGCAAGUGCUGUGGCAGCAGCAAAGGCGGCCUUUCGAGAAGACGAGCACCCGUCGAAGACUUCGACGGUGGGACCGCUGCUGGCGUUACUCGAGCGCUCGACACGGCAGCUGUACCGACGCAAGCCAGACCUUUUCGUGGAGCUGGUCGUGCCCUUCGUCUUUGUGGCCAUUUCCGUUGUGCUAUGGGCCCUCUGGGGAUCCUCGCACGCCUCCGAAGUGUUUUACGAGAAUUACAGAAUCGCAAGCGAGUACGGCACAAAGGCGGUGCCGUACGGCUUCACGGAUGAGACGGCGAUGUGCUUCCGCUCCCUGGACGGGCGCUAUCGGGAGCCGAUCGGCACCUUUCAUAUGUGCCGCGAAGGCUUCAAUGACAUGCACUUUAAAUGCGACGCAGAUAUGACGCACAUUCCUCUACACGACGUGGUUCUCUGCAUAACGGACCGACUGAGCUGGGCGGCGGUGACCGUCUACGACAUUCGUCGCUAUCUCGGAUACGUGUCCAUGAUCGCCACGCUCGAUGUGGUCAUCAAGAUGCAGUGGAUUGCGUUAGCCGCGGGAGAGCCGAUACACAAGAUGGCGGCCUUUUCCUUGAGCGGCAUUCGACGCAAUACACGCUACAGCUCCGUCUUGUCCUCCGGCAACGUGUACUUCGUAGGACCGGCGCUCCACACGGAGCGGCUCAUCUCCCACUUUGCAGCUACAUCUUCGUUGUUCACCUACGUGAGUGACAGGAUAGCCUACAGGUCAGUCGAGGACGCAUUUGCCGCCGCGGAGGGCAAGCGGCUGUGGGCCGUCGUGGAGCUACGACAGAUGGACGAAAAUGGGCUCGACCUGGUGCUCCACAUGAACAACUCUGCCCUGCCCUCCUUCUCCACAACCUACACCCCGAGCUACGCCGGUGGGGCGGAGUACGACUCCGUGGAGCUGUACGUCGUUUCUGGCUUCCUGACGCUGCAGAAGACCAUAUCCGACUACUACUUAACAGUACUCACUGGUGUCAACGUUAGCCAACCCUUCUACAUUGGCUCCGUCCCCUCCGCGGCCUUCACCCGCGUCCCUCUGCUGGUGAACGCUCGGCAAGCAGUGCCGUUGAUCUUCGCGUUGGCCUUCCUGUACACGGUGUCGCAGCAGGUGAAGCGCACGGUGCUAGAGAAGGAGCUGCGCAUUCGGGAGGCGAUGCUCAUCAUGGGCCUGAAGCAGUGGACACUCUACGUGAGCGACUUCGUUGUCCAGUUGGUGCUUUUCGUGAUCGUCUCCGUGGCCGCCGCCAUCAUGCUACAGCUAUCCUUCUGCACCCGAAGUGACCCGUUGGUGUUGCUGCUCAUCUUUCUCCUCUUCACGCUAACGACGAUCCCGCUGUCCGGCAUCAUCGCCGCCUUCUUUAGCAAGGCCCGACUCGCCUCCCUCGUCGCCCCUGUGAUAUACUUUAUCCUUGUUAUUCCCAUGUUUGCCAUGGCUAACGCUAAAGGUUCGAUCGUUACCGGCUUCUCCAUCUUUUCGCCCACCGCCUUCUGCGCCGCCCUCAGAAUAUUUCUCACCCACGAAGUCAGCACAGGCUUUGGGGGCGGCGACCUCUGCAGCCAUCACGACGACCCGACGAUGGCGGUCAUCCUCGGGAUGCUGACGGCGGACUUCUUCCUCUACUACCUGCUGAUGCUCUACCUGGACGCCGUGGUGCCGAAGGAGUGGGGCACGCCGAAGCACCCGCUGUUCUUCGUUCUGGACCCCAUCGACUGGUGCUUCCAGCGCAAGCACAAGCGGCUGGAGGGCGGCCCCGACGGCCGUGCGGAGAACGGCGUGUUCGAGACGACGGACUACGCGGACGACGUCGUGUCGUUCGACGGCCUGCGCAAGGAGUACACGCGCGGCGGUGAGAGGUUCCUUGCGGUGAACAACCUGUACUGGGGGAUGCAGGAGGGCGAGAUCUCCGUGCUGCUGGGCCACAACGGCGCCGGCAAGACGACGGUGCUGAACAUGAUGACGGGGAUGACGGAGCCGGACGAGGGCGACUGCUACAUCUACGGGCACUCUGUGCGCACGGAGAAGAGCGCUGUGCGGCAGCUGCUGGGGUUCUGCCCGCAGCACAACAUCCUGUGGUCGGAGCUGACGUGCCGCGACCACCUGGAGUUCUACGGGAAGAUCAAGGGGCUGAAGGGGUGGGAGCUGGAGGACGCGAUCUGCGGCAUGCUGUUCGAGACGGACCUGCUGGACAAGAUGGACCAGCCGGCCGGCCGCCUCUCUGGUGGCAUGAAGCGCAAGCUGUCGAUUGCGAUCGCGUUCGUGGGCGGCAGCCGCCUGGUGUUUCUCGACGAGCCGACUGCCGGCCUGGACGUCGGCGCGCGGCGCCAGGUGUGGGAGCUGCUGAAGCGCAUGGCGCAGUCGCGGACGCUGCUGCUGACGACGCACUACAUGGACGAGGCGGACCUGCUGGGCAGCCGCAUCGGGAUCAUGAGCCAGGGCCGUCUGAAGUGCACGGGCAGCAGUCUGUUCCUGAAGUCGCGCCUCGGCGUUGGCUACAACAUCGUCAUCUCCAUCGACCCCGAGAUCGACGCGGCCAGCGUGGACGACGCGGUGCUCGGCGCGGUGGCGGGUGCGACGGUGCUGGGGCACAACGGGUGCGAGUUGAGCUAUCAGCUGCCGUCCAGCAGUGUGGAUCAGUUCCCCGCCUUGUUGAGCGAGAUCGACUCCGUGGAGGCGGAGGGUAUUCGCGGCUACGCCUUGUCGGCGACGACGCUGGAGGAGGUGUUUCUGAAGGUGUCGGAGGAGGACUUGGAUUUCCGCGGCCGCGGAACGGAGGAGGGCGACGUGGAGCUGAUCUGGAGCUGCGAGGUGACGACCUCUGCGCUGUGGUCGCAGUUCCGCGCGAUCAUGGAGAAGCGCCUCUGGAACGCGCUGCGUGACCGUCGGAUGCAGUGCUUCCAGAUCGUGUGCCCGGUGCUGUGUAUCCUGAUUGCGAUGUUGCUGAGCCUGGUGCAGUACCGUACCCCGCAGACGCUCUCGUUGACGUACGAUAUGUUUAGGCAGCAGCCGCGAUCUGUGAUGGACACCGCCUUCUGCUACCAGAUGUGGGGCACCGAGCCGUACGACGAAGGCUUUACCGUGAACGAAACCUACUUCCAGACGGCGGCGAUGUUGUCGGAGAUGCUGCUGGACACGUGGUAUGUGCACGCAGAGCCGCGCUACGGUGCUGUGUCCUGCUUGGAUGCGAACAUGACGUACACAUUGCAGGGGCAGCAUGCAUGGCGCGGGAACCACGUGAAUGUGUUUCUGUAUAACAGCUCCUCGUAUCAUCAAGUGGCGCUGAACUUUGCCUCCUUUUACGACCUCUUCCUCAAGCACUUCAAAGGAUCCGAUGCCUACAACAUGAAGUACACCGCAACGCUCUUUAAUAAACCCUCCACCACCUCGCAGCUCAGCUUCGUCUUCAUCGGCGCGUUGAUCAUGGUCCCCUUCACCUUCCUGCCCUCCAACCCGGUGGCGUGGAUCGUGAAGGAGCGGCAGUGCGGGGCGCGGCACCUGCAGAACCUCUGCGGGCUGAACUUCUUUGUGUACUGGGGGGCGAGCUUCCUCUUCGACAUGGCCGCCUACUUCAUCACGAUGCUGCUGUGCGUUUUGAUAUUCGCCUGCUUCAACCGACAGGAGUUCACCGCGCCGGAUCGCGUCGGUGGUACUUUUGUGCUGUUCAUCGUGUACGGCUUCACGAGCACGGCGUUCGGCUACUGCCUCAGCUUUCUGUUUCGGGAAAGCACCACUGCCCAAAGUGUUGUCAUGGGUGUGAGCUUCGUUGCUGGCUUUCUUUUGUUGAUGAUCGUUUACGUCCUCUCGCUUGACGCCGAGAAUGUAAGUAUUGCGAAUAAAAUGCGUUGGGGCUUUCGCGUCAUCCCGUCGUACUGCAUCGGCGAGGGCAUCGUUAACUUGCUGACCCUCACCGGCAAGGUGAAUAUCGGCUCCGCGACAGGUGUGUGGGACAUGGACCAGCUCGGGUGGUCGCUGGUGUACAUGACGGCAGAGUUCCCUGCCCUGUGCAUCAUCACACUGCUGGUCGACCACCCGGCGGUGGGGAGCCUCUGUCAGCGUCUGCGCUACCGGCGCGGUGCGGCACCAAUUAUCCCGAGUGAUGAAGACUCGGACGUGGAGGACGAGCGCGAGGCGGUGUACGAGGCCGAGAGCGACGUCGAGGACGCGACGGACGUGGUGCGUGUGGUGAACUUGCAGAAGAAGUACUCGAACGGGAACGUGGCGGUGAAGGGCAUCACCUUCUCCAUCUUCCCCGGCGAGGUCUUCGGCCUGCUGGGCACGAACGGCGCGGGAAAGACGACGACGAUAUCGAUGCUGUGUCAGCAGUUCCUGCCCACCGGGGGCAGCGCGUACGUGUGCGGGUACGACAUCGUAACGCAACGUGCGGCUGCGCUGCAGUGCAUCGGCUACUGCCCGCAGUUCGACGGGACGCUGGACCUGCUGACGGUGGAGGAGCAGCUGCAGAUGUACGCGGGGAUCCGCGGUAUUGCGCGUUGGCAGUGGGGUGCGCUGGUGGAUGCGCUGUGCACGCUGUGCGAGCUGACGACGUACCGCAAGACGGUGACGGGCGAGCUGUCGGGCGGCAACCGGCGCAAGCUGUCGGUGGCGAUGUCCCUGGUGGGUGGGCCGCUGGUGCUGUUCCUGGAUGAGCCGUCCGCCGGCAUGGACCCCGUAGCGCGGCGCGGGAUGUGGACGGCGAUCCAGCGCGCGGCGAAGCACUGCUCCGUUGUGCUGACGACGCACCACCUGGAGGAGGUGGAGGCGCUGGCGGACAUCGUCGCGAUCAUGGUGCGCGGGUAUAUCCGCUGCAUCGGCGACAAGGUGCACCUGAAGAACAAGUUCGGCAGCGCGUUCGAGGUGAGCGUGCGGCUGUCCUCUGCGCGACACGCCGACGGCUUCGUUGCUUUCAUGAAGGGCGAGUUCCCUGACGCGAAGAUGAACGAGGGCGACGGCCGCCGCUUUGUGUACCAGCUGCCGCGUGAUCGCGGGUUCGGCGACAUCUUCGAGGUGUUCCAGACGAGCAAGAAGGAUCUGCACAUCACCGACUACAGCGUGUCGCAGACGUCGAUUGAGCAAAUCUUUUUACAGGUGGUGAAGCGGGCCGCGGAUCGUGAAUCAGAGGCGUGA